AUGGCGGAGAAAGACAGCCAGAGCCUCAGGCUCGAACGCACUCGCUCCCCCCAGUCCGCGUCCGCGUCCGCCCCCGCCCCCCAGUCCACCCCCGCCUCCCAGUCCACCCCCGCCCCCCAGCCCGCCCAUGCCCCCGCCCCCCGCACCAAAUCGCCACCUCUCGAGGACGCGCUCGAGCGCAUCGAGUCAAUCUUAUCUACAAACGUCCCCCUAGAGGGCAUGGAUCCACUCGCGGCUGGGCCUGGGGCCGCCAGGAUCCGUAAGCGCGGCGUGCACGACCACUAUUACUUUGACCGAUUGGCGCGCGAGAUGCCCCUUCCCGGCCGUGCCCUCGAGUGGGCCAUGAUCGCAACCCUCUUCCUCGUCAUGUUCCUGGCCGGGUGGAACGACGGGUCGCAGGGACCCCUCCUCCCCUCCCUGCAACGGUACUACAAGGUCGACUACCUUGUCAUCUCGAUCAUCUGGUUAUUCAACAGUGUCGGCUUCAUGGCGGCCGGCUUGAGCAACGUCUGGCUCUCGGACCGCUUUGGCUUUGGGAUCGUCGCCCCCUUCGGUGCAGCCCUACAGGUCAUCGCGUACGCCCUCAUUUGUUGGGGAGGACCGUACCCUCUCUUCGUCUUUGCGUUCGUCCUCAUCGGCUGGGGAUUGGGCCUGCAGGAUGCGCAGGUCAACAGUAUCGUGUCUCGCAUGAAGCACGCCAACACCCUCAUGUUCCUCAUGCACGCCGUGUAUGGUCUUGGCGCGACUGCUUCCCCACUCGUGUCGACGCAGUUUGUCAAACGCAUCCAGAGCAGGGUGUACCUUUACUACUCCGUGUCGUUGGGCUUGGCGCUGUUCACGACCAUUGCUCUGAUCCUCGUCUUCCGCUUCCGCACAGAGGACCAGGUGGUCGGCAAGCGGUUGCCCGAGUCGGCUACCCCUCCGCCCGAGCCAGAGCCAAAAACGGAUGAGAAUGGAGAGGAACUGCCUGCAGAGCUCCAGCCCGAGAACCACCCGGACGCGCACCCGGACCCCGACCCCGAGGCUGGGCGCGUAUCCGAGUCCACGACCGACUUUAAACACCAGGACAGCAGCACCAAGCUCAAGCGCAUCCUUAGCAUGCCCAAAGUGUGGGGCCUGUGUCUCUACAUUUUCCUCUACGUCGGCGUGGAAGUUACCAUUGGCGGGUGGGCGACGACGUUCCUGAUCGCCGAACGCGGCGGCGACGACUCGAGCGGCUACGUCUCCUCUGGCUUCUUCGCUGGUCUCACCCUCGGCCGAGUCCUUCUCAUCCCUGUGACGAGCUGGAUAGGCCGCUCCAACUCGGUAUGGGUAUACACCGUCGGGGCGAUUGCGCUCGAAAUCGUCGUCUGGACCACACGCUCACUCAUGGGUAAUGCGGUCGCGUACGCUUUCGUCGGUAUCCUCCUCGGACCCAUGUACCCCAUCGUCAUGAUGGUCACGGUUGGCAUCUUGCCUGGCGACUUGCACCAGGGCGCUAUCGGCAUGGUCGCCAGUAUGGGCCAGGUCGGGUCAGCUAUCAUGCCCUUCAUCACUGGCGGGAUUUCGAAUGCGCGCGGCGUGUGGAUCCUCCAGCCGCUCAUGAUUGCUUUCAUGGGCACGUCGCUUGUGAUUUGGGCGUUUGUGCCGCGCGAGCGCAAGGGAUGGCACGCGUAG